CUCGAGGAAUUAGUGUGUGCUUUUAAUCUACACGACGGAGACAACGACGGCUCGUGAAAUUUAUUUCGUUAUAUAUUAAAAAAGGAAAGAGAAUGGAAAUUUAUUGCCGCUAGUUAUUAAUUUCAUUUAAAAACUGAUUGAAACUAUUGAAUUACAAUCCAUAUACUUGAAAAAAAAAAUUGAAUUUGUGCUAAAAGGAUCAUGUGUCAAAACUGAACUGUAUGAGAAUAUCUGUGAUAAAUAAUAAACUUAUAUUGUGGAUUAUUGCAAUAAAAUUAAAUCAUAUAGAAACUGACCAAAAAAUAAGGUAGAUUAAACCACACAAAAUCAAAAUUGAACAUCCGUUGAUGCAUGGAGUGACAAUUUGUUUUUUGCAUGCUUAGAAUACUUUUUGGUACCCAUCAGAAUUCCUCUUAAAAUUUAAUCAUUCAUAAAAUAAAGCUGAAUGACACUCACUAGCAGCCUAGCUUGUAACAUAUGUGUACUUAAUUAAUGAAUUGCAAUGAGUGAUAUCAUUUUUAAUUUAACAUGACGCAUAUCAAAUUGUAGAAAAAAAAAUAAUUCUCUCUAGCAAUUAACAGGCACGGAUAUGAAACGAAAUUGCAAACAAAUGCAGUGAGGAAGAAAGUUUAAUGAAUGAAACAAUUCAAAUGGAAUUGCAUAUGAUAAACAUACAUAUGAUGGAAAUAAUUAAAAGAAAUUAUUGAAUGAAGGAGAACAGCCGAGCAUUAAAUUAAUAAUGAAAUGAAGAAAGAGUGUUGAAAUGUGCAAAAGAAGAGAAAAUAAAAGAAUAUAAAAUAAACGAGAUUUUGUGUGUUGAUAAUUGAUAAUCAAAUAAAAUGAAUAAUUGACAAAAAUAAAAAAUUAAUGGAGACAGAGUUUAAAAUUCAGAUCCAGCGUGUGAGUGUGUGCAUGUGAAAUAAAAGUAUUAAAACAACAAAGCAAACGAGGAAAAUAUAUAAAAAAAACGCAAAACGAUUUAUUAUACACACAAAAAAGUUUUAUGUGAAAUGGUGACAUUAAUGCCUUGUAGUUAUUUAUCAGCUGCUCCCCGCUGUGCAGGACUGAUUGAAAAAAUGAUAGAGAUUGAACCAAAGGUUAAACGAGCAAAAACAGAACCGUCAGAAACAAGUGAUAAAACUAAUCGAUUAUGUAGUUCAGAGAUUACAACACAAAGUGAUUGUAACGUAUCGCCAUUACUCUCGUCAUACAAUUUACAUCAAAAUUCACCAUCUAAUCAAUCGUUGCUGCAUAAUCAUCAAUAUAGAAAUUUGUCGUCAACGACAACAACGCAUCAGCAACAAAAUUCACCAGCAUUAAUAAGUGGAUUAAAUUUAUCAUCCACAUCGACUGUAUCGUCUGCAUCGACACCACCUUCGAAUGUGUCUUCUUCAUCAUCGUCAUCUAUACCCACCAGUGCGUCCAUAACAACAUUGAGCAAUAAUAAUAAUAUUUAUAACAAUAAUCAUUUAUAUCAGCAUCAUCAUCAUCAUAUUAAUUCAACAACAUCUUUAUCUGGAAGUGUACACAAUUCAAAACACAACAAUUCGUCAGUAAGCAGCGGGGCAGCAACAGCAAUAACAGCACAUCAUCCCACGCCAAUUGAAGGCUUGACGGCUUUAUCAUCGCUUGGCAGCUCAGCUUUACAUUUAACAACAAAUUCACUUUGUGGUGGCAGUUCUAACUCGUUGGGUUCAGAACUGGGAAUGUCACAUUGGCUGAGUGAUGGACCGUCUAAUUCUGUAAAAACAGAAAUAAAGAGUCCAACGUCAUUGGUUGAGGCAAGCGCACUACCUUUAGCGCCAACUCAUUUAGAUUCAGCAUUUCUCUGUACAAAUACUGUAAAUUUAGACGCUACACAAAGUUCAAAUGCUUAUGACCACAAGCAAGAGUACUAUAAUUAUUAUAACAGCAUGCAACAAUACACACCACCAUUCUAUCCAACUACAUAUGGCUCUGCAUAUACAACAAGAUCAUCAUCGAAAAUUCCAUCGCCAAAUGCUACAUAUUUAUCAUCAAGUUACGCCACAAAUAACAAUUCAGCACAACUUUAUCCCACGUAUGGCUAUAACAAUUUUGGACAGUUUGGAACAUCGCAACAAGAUUACACGGGAUAUUACAAUCUUAAUAAUGAUCAAUACAAUGCAUAUUACAAUACAAAUUAUUCACCUUAUGUUAGUUCGCCAGGAUCGAGCAGUAGUCAAAAUUUCCACAUUGCAGCAAUGCCUGAAAGUCCAUCAGAGACGCCUGGAACUCCAUCAGGUUUAGCACAUUCACCACAAUCGCCAUUAUCAAUAUCACCAAAUACGUCUAAUCAUGCGACAACAACAAAAGCAACGCCAUCAAAAGGGAAGGCACGUGGCAGAAGACAGCAGAAUACGAGUCCCACGCGAUCAGCAUUAAAUGAUACACCCUCAGUCGAUAAUGUUAAACCGCCGGAGAGAGUCUUUGUAUGGGAUUUAGAUGAGACAAUCAUCAUUUUUCAUACACUUUUAACUGGCAGCUAUCCAAAUCGAUACAAUAAGGAUCCAAAUCUAGCUGCUCAAAUGGGCUAUCGUAUGGAAGAAAUGAUUUUCACAAUGGCUGAUAAUCACUUCUUUUUCAACGAUGUCGAAGAAUGUGAUCAAAUUCAUAUUGAUGAUGUUUCGUCUGAUGAUAAUGGACAGGAUUUAAGUACUUAUAAUUUUGCGACCGAUGGCUUUCAAACUGGCAAUGCGCAAGGAGCACCAAAUAUUUGCUUGCCAAAUGGAGUUCGUGGUGGUGUUGAUUGGAUGAGAAAGCUUGCAUUUCGUUAUCGUAAAAUUAAGGAAAUUUAUAACACAUACAGGAAUAAUGUUGGUGGUCUACUCGGUCCGAAACGUGAACAAUGGCUUCAAGUCAGAAGUGAAAUCGAAUUAAUUACCGACAAUUGGGCUUCACUUGUAUCAACAUGUCUUAGUAUGAUUGCUCAACGAGAAAAUUGCGUAAAUGUUCUUGUGACUACAACACAAUUAGUGCCAGCAUUGGCGAAAGUCUUAUUGUUUAAUUUGGGCGGUGUCUUUCCAAUAGAAAAUAUUUACAGUGCAACGAAAACUGGCAAGGAAUCAUGUUUCGAGAGAAUCGUGACAAGAUUCGGACGAAAAAGCACGUAUGUUGUCAUUGGCGAUGGAGCAGACGAGGAGAAAGCCUCAAAGAAUCUAAACUUUCCAUUUUGGAGAAUAUCAACACAUAAAGACAUUAAGGCAUUAUAUACCGCACUAGAAAUGGGCUUCUUAUGAAAUGUGAAUUUUAUAUCCAUUUCAAUCAGAAUCAUGCAGUAUUAAGUCAACAAAACAAUGUGGACACAUUUAUUUUGUAUUUUUAAUAAUAACAAAUUUUUCAUUUUAAUUCUCAAAACUAUUGCAAGACGAGAAAAAUCUUCCACAUAAGUUGCACUGGAAGCUAACAAAUUAAUUUUGAAAAUUAUGCUCAAAAAAGUGAAAAUAAGAAAAUUAAAAAAAAAAUUUGAUGGGAUUAAUGAUGACGAGAUGAAGUAAUUUAACUUUUAUACACAGCAAGUAAAUUAAAUCAUUUUAAUAAGUUACUAAUAUAGUGAACCCAGUGAAUAAAUUUUAAUGAGAAAUCUUAUUGUAAAGCACUAUCAAAAAUAAUUCUACUUGUAUCAGACAAAAAAUGGCGCACUUUAAAAAUGUAAAAGAAAAAAAAUUAUAAAUAUGAUAAAAAAAUAAUUUUGGAUUGAAGUUUUUUUGGUUUUUUGGAAAAGGAUAUGAUUUUGGGAAAUAAUGAGCUUUUAAAGAAAGUGAUGAAAAUUUAAGUUUUGAAUUUAAUUCACAAAUCUUUAAAUUUAGGGAUGCAAAUUGACUCUGCAAUUUACUUACGAUAAUUUCUACAAUAAUGCCUUCAUAUGAUUUUGCCGAACUUUUCUGAAUUUUGAAUAAUUUCAACAAUUAAUUUGAGAAAAUUUAAAUCUUUAAAAAGAAUUCAAAGCAGAGGCAUAGAUCCAUGAUUUCUACAUACAUUCAUUUAAUGCUGCAUCAAUUCAACUAAUCCUGAAUCGAACAAUCUGAAUCGCAAUAAACCUUUAUUUUUAAUCUAUAAGAGCUGCAACUUUGUUAUUAAAUGUUCAUGAACUAAAACACGAACAAUUUAACCUUGCUUACUUUCUUUGCUACCCUUCCAGAUCAACUAUAAUCUAUAGCCUCAAUUAAACUGUCUUAAUCUUUUCCAAUAAACCAAAAAGCUUCUAAACCAAUAUAUUAAUUAAGUAUACUAAGUGAAACAAAAUUAGGUUAAGCAAUGGGGAUGAUGAUCAAUAUUAUGUACAUAAAGAAAGUAACAGAAAAAAGUGAAUCGAUUGAAUAGCCAAAUUUUAGUUAAUUAAUUAUAAUAAUGAUGAAAAUAUAUAUUAAUUAAAUACU